AUGUGGUUUCACAAAGAGAAGCUUCUUUCCUCACAUCCUAUUUCAAAGCACCAGCUUGACUGCGCAAAAAUCCUCACCUCCAAGCUUUUUAACCCAGACUUCAGAAGCCAGGAUGCAGAGGAUGCUGUUUAUGGACGUGAUGGUUACGACUAUGAUGGCUACCGUCUGCGUGUUGAAUUCCCUCGAAGGGGAGGUGGUGGCAGAGCUUUAGGAGCCCCAAGGGGACGGUAUGGUCCCCUGUCACGGCGCUCCGAGUACAGGGUUAUAGUCUCAGGUAGGCGCGCCUUCCCCCCCAGCAGGAGUUGGCAGGACCUGAAGGAUCACAUGCGGGAGGCAGGUGAUGUAUGUUAUGCUGACGUGUACCGUGAUGGCACUGGCGUGGUGGAGUUUGUACGCAAGGAAGACAUGACCUACGCCAUCCGUAAAUUGGAUAACACCAAGUUUUGCUCCCAUGAGGGUGAGACGCCCUACAUUCCCCGACGCUCCCGCUCUCGCUCUCGCACCUAG